CCUCACUUCCGCUCCGCGGCAAGAUGGCGGCUCCCGGGUCCUGCCACGCAGACUUCCGCCGGGCGCUGAGGCCUGGGGCCCGCCGCGGGUCGCGUCGGAGGUGAAGUCGGGACGUGCGUGGUGCGGAGCCGCAGCCCGCGUGCGCUGGGGCAACAUGUCGGAAGGAAAUGCCGCGGGCGAGCCCAGCGCUCCGGGAGGGCCCCGACCCCUCCUCUCUGGGGCCCGGGGGCUUAUCGGGCGGAGGCCGGCGCCUCCCCUCACCCCGGGCCGCCUUCCCUCCAUCCGCUCCAGGGACCUCACCCUCGGGGGAGUCAAGAAGAAAACCUUCACCCCAAAUAUCAUCAGUCGGAAGAUCAAGGAAGAGCCCAAGGAAGAAGUCACCAUCAAGAAGGAGAAGCGUGAAAGGGAUAGAGACCGACAGCGAGAGGGGCACGGACGGGGCCGGGGGCGCCCAGAAGUGAUCCAGUCCCACUCCAUCUUUGAGCAGGGCCCAGCUGAAAUGAUGAAGAAAAAGGGGAACUGGGAUAAGACCGUGGAUGUGUCGGACAUGGGGCCCUCCCACAUCAUCAACAUCAAAAAGGAGAAGAGGGAGACGGAUGAAGAGACAAAGCAGAUCCUGCGCAUGCUGGAGAAGGAUGAUUUCAUCGAUGACCCUGGGCUGAGAAAUGACACUCGAAACAUGCCUGUGCAGCUGCCGCUGGCUCACUCGGGCUGGCUUUUUAAGGAAGAGAAUGAAGAAGCAGACGUUAAACCUUGGCCGGCUGGCCCCAAGGAAGAGGACAUGGAGGUGGAUGUACCUGCUGUGAAAGUGAAAGAGGAGCCGCGAGAUGAGGAGGAGGAGGCGGCCAAGAUGAAGGCUCCUCCCAGAGCAGCCAGGAAGACCCCGGGCCUCCCAAAGGACGUAUCUGUGGCAGAGCUGCUCAGGGAGCUGAGCCUCACGCAGGAGGAAGAGCUGCUGUUCCUGCAACUGCCAGACUCACUCCCCGGCCAGCCGCCUUCUCAGGACAUCAAGCCAAUCAAGACAGAGGUGCAGAGCGAGGACGGACAGAUGGUGGUUAUAAAGCAGGAAAAAGACCGGGAAGCCAGGUUGGCAGAGAACACUUGUACCCUGGCUGACCUGACGGAGGGUCAGGUUGGCAAGCUGCUCAUCCGCAAGUCGGGGAAGGUGCAGCUCCUCCUGGGCAAGGUGACUCUGGACGUGACGAUGGGAACCACCUGCUCGUUCCUGCAGGAGCUGGUGUCUGUGGGCCUUGGAGACAGUAGAACCGGUGAGAUGACAGUCCUGGGACACGUAAAGCACAAACUUGUAUGUUCUCCCAAUUUUGAAUCCCUGUUGGAUCACAAACACCGGUAAAAUGAGCAGAUGGAGGACGAUGGUGACUGUGCCCACGGCUGCUGCCUGCUCCAGACGUUGUGCUCUCAAAUCUGUUCGGCCCAGAAGGGGCCUGUCGAGCCCACCCACUCCAGCCAUUGUCCCAGUUUUCCCCACAGGACCCACGUGGCUCCCUCCCACAGCAGCCGUGAACGGCGCAGUGACCGUCCCACAGCACAGAAACUGCACGUCCUCACUGCUGGGGAACUUCUCUGCUAUUUAUUUUUCUAUUUAUGUCUUAUCUCUUCAACUGGCUGCACCCUCCCCAGGUGGAGAGGGGACGGCCUGUAGGAAAGGACAGGCUCCUCUUGGUGACGGUCUUGGUUCUCAGGGUGGGAGACGUACGGACUGUUCCUGCUGCUUUUGCUCCCCUCUUCCUCCCGAGAGGUGGUGCUGGGGAGAGAGCAGGGACCUCUCAGUCUGAGACUCAGUACUCAGUCCCAGCUCUGUCUGUGACUCAUCGUGUGAUUGGACAAACUACCUAACCUUUCUGAGCCUCGUAUUCCUCAUCUGACAGAAAUGAGGACGAUACCUACCUCACAGGGUUGGUGUGAGGAUGAAAUCGAAUACUGUUGCGGAAAACUCCUUGCACAAGGCCAGAUAUACACAGUAGGCGCUCAAUAAAUGUUAGUUUAGUGUCCCUUC